AAUGCUUGGAUUUGUUAGAGAGAAAGUAUCUAAAAACAAAUUGAGGUUUAAGGAUACAGAUGCGAAGAUAGAUCUAGAUUUGACUUACAUCACUCCGCGUAUCAUCGCGAUGGGGUUUCCCUCCUCCGAUGUAGAAGGGUUGUACCGAAAUCCAAUUAAUGAGGUUUACAGGUAAUGUUUAUCGAUUUCUACAAGUUAAAAAAUUUUUUUGUACAGAUGUUGCCUGCAGUGCGCACUCUGUUUCUCGCUUCAAAUUAGAUUUUUCAUUUUACCAACAAAGAAUUGAAGUAGUAACUCUGAAAGACAGAUUUUUUGAGCUUCGGCACAAAGACAAAUACAAACUCUAUAAUUUGUACGUUUUUCUUUACGCGCGAUAUUUUUGCGGUUCGAUGCGAAGAAACGAUGAAUCUGGGAGUAUCUCAUUUAAGUUUUUUGAUGAAAGAUGCGCCGAGAGGGACUAUGAUCAUAUAAAGUUUCAUGGGAGAGUGUCCAGAUACCCGUUCCAGGACCACAAUGCGCCUCCCGUGGAUACUAUAGUCGAGUGUUGCAAGGACAUUAAGGAUUGGUUGGAGCAAGACGAAGAAAAUGUUGUUGCCAUCAAUUGUAAGGCGGGAAAAGGAAGGACCGGUUUGAUAAUCUGCUGCUACCUUUUGUACGCUGGCAUAGUCUCAACGAGUGAUGAGGCCAUAGAAUAUUACGGUGCACGCCGUACGAAGGAUGGGAAGGGCGUAACAAUUGCCUCCCAAAAGCGCUAUAUUCGAUAUUACGAGCAGGCGUUGAAAUAUCAUGGAGGUGUGCCGCCAUCUCCGAAUUUGCUUAGGCUCCUCCGAAUAAAGGUGAAUACAGUUCCCAACUUUUCAAACGAAUAUUCUGUCAUAGUAAUUAGUAAAAAUCGUAAGCUAAUAACGACUCCAUUUGUAUCAGUACCCAAGAAGGCAACUGAAUUUAGUGUAGACAUUAACUUUCCUAUUUAUGGCGACGUAAAAAUUCAGCUACAGACGAAGAGAGGACGCAGUUAUCAGAAGGUUUGUUACAUUUGGUUUUCGACUGCAUUUGAGGACCCCCACCAUUUGGUCUUCAAAAAGGAUGAAAUUGAUUUGGCCAAUAAGGACAAAAAGCACAUCCACUUUAAGAAGGAGUUUUCAAUUGAACUCUUCUUCGAGCUCUUGAUAAAGGGUGAGGAUUUGAAGACGGAUGCAGAAAAGGAAGCGUCAUCUAAGUAUUAUGAUGUAGUGAGCCCGUAUGAGGUAAGGAAUAUGAAAGACAUCGACGCGAACAUGACAGAGGAAUACUACAUUGACCCCUGUUUGUCUUCGAAGGAGAUGCUGGUCGUAGGGAGAUGCAGGGUUGGUUCUUUUUAUGACGUAACGUCUGACGACGAGAAUGAGUGCUUCAUCGAUAGUUCAAGGCAGUCCUUACAAUACGAAGAUCCGAAAAGAGUUAUGCGUACGAUUGAGCCCCCUCUGAGGAACAAAGAGUUAACGCUCGCCAGAAAAUCUACAUCACAACACGCGGAACCUACCCGCGACCCCGAAACCUGGUCUCCAGGAAUCAUCAGACCUAGGAGCAGCGUAUACGUGAGACCAGAAAAGAAGCAUACAGAAAGCGAAACGAUGAGGUUGGGGAGUCACCACUAUUCAUAUAGUGCUGAUUUUAGACCUAAAAGCUUGAACAGGUGGCGGUCAUCAGUUCCUAAAGAAAUUUCUAGUCAGAGGUCGAGUCAAGAAAAAGAUUCCGGUUUGCCCAAGCGCAAUUACAAGAUAGAGACCAAGAGGUUGGUAGACGUAGUGAAGAGUCCGGAAGAGGAAGAAAAUUCGAGCGAGAAGGCGUCAGAAGAGAAAGUGUAGUGAAAGGAAGAGGUAUAGAAGAGAUCUGAUUCAAGUUCAUUCAAACAAAUUAAUUUUUUCGAAGCGAAAAUGGAAAGCAAUUGUCAAGGAGCACCUAUUGUCUAUUGUUGAAAAAAAAGGAGGGUGCAUUGGUCAUUGGUAAUGACUAGGUCCGAAUCUUACACAGAAUUAACUAAUGCUGGCUGAAAGGUCUUAUUGAGACUGAGGUGUUAACCGGUCAAGAGCAAAUUUUUCAAAAAUGCAGGCAGACAGUGUUACAAGUUUGUUCUUCGUUGUCGUUAAAGCGUAUCAAUAAAAAAAAUUUUCACCUGACAAAAA